AUGGGAUUUCUCACUGACCAUCCUCACACAGCAGUCACAGACACAAUUGAACGGGUAUGCUCAUCGGAGCAGUUUACGCUGGAGGUUGAGCUGGCCUCGCUGAUCCAGCAGAUCCGGGCCGGUAAAAGUGAUUAUGAAAACGGCAACAAUCAGAUUGAAGCCGCGCGGUGUCUGCGCAAGAAGCUCAAGUACGGUAACCGCUUGCAACAAGCGCGGGCUCUGGAAUUGAUGAACUUGUUUGUGUCGCAGCGGAUCAAGUUCCCCGAGAUGUACAAUGACGCUAAGCUCCUCGACCGGCUGCGGGUAAUUGCCAUGCAGAGUGGUACAGACGGUUCAGGUCAGCGGUACCACCCUCGUAUCAUCAAAAAAUGUGUGGCGUACAUUCUGGGGUGGAGCGCAUUUCUUGACGAGCAGGGCCCUAGCCGCAGCUACGAAGGGCUGGACGCACUGGCGCGCAAGGUCAAAUCUAAGUACACGACCAAGCCAGCUGGCAGCCGGAGGCGCAAAGGAUUCAUGAGUGACAAGGCGGACGCCUCAAUUAUGUCUGCCGACGACCGCUAUGGCAUUCCUCACAUCGAUAUGACUAAGGAAGCUCCCAAAAUCCGGCUCCUAAUCAGCGAUUCGCUAGCCACUGCCGUCUCGCUCAAGAACACGUUGAUGACGCUUCCUAGAACUGUGAACAGCACUGACGACGAAGAGGCAACCGCUAGGUUCGUUCAGGCCCGCGCCAUGCGCCGCAAGGUUUUACGCUACCUGCAGCUUGUUACCGAAGGUGAAUUCUUGGGAAGCCUGCUCCAUGCCAACGAGGAGCUUGUUGCCUCAUUAUCUGCUUACGAUGAGCUCAGCGGAAACUUGUUUGAAGAAGAAUCUCUUUUGUCAGAGAACGAUGACGACGAAGAUGAUGAUGAGGUAUCCUACUUAUCUUCUGCUUUGUCUACGCAACCGGAGCGCUGCGACUCUAACGACCCGUUCGGAGAUCAGAAUCGCAUCUGA